AUGUCGCAUACUGGUACUUUUAGGGGUACUCCCAAUAAGACAAUCGGAAGAGGUAGAUUGCCCGAUUUUGAUGGGAACGGCUCACACAUUCCCCGGCCCCGACCUGACCGUCCAGAAUCUACCGUCUCUCACAACCCACCGAGCGAAGUUGGUACCGGCACCAUGAGCGCAGCCAGCAGCAGACAGAGACAAACUCAAUCGAAGCGUGAUGAGGCUAUCCGCCAAAAGAUGGAGGCGAAUCUCAACAAAAAGAAACCCCAAGCCCCAACCAAGGCUGGUCGCUCUCGUAAGGCUCCUCCAGGCACCGUUCUCGCCCUGAAGCCGAGUCAAGCCCUUCAGAUCAAGCCUACCCUCAGCAUUGCCGAAGCUGCCCAGCUGAUGGCCGCCAAACGUGAGGACUGUGUCUUGGUCACCGACGACGACGAGCGAAUUGCCGGUAUCUUCACUGCCAAGGAUUUGGCCUUCCGCGUAGUUGGAAUGGGAUUGAAGCCUCGUGAAGUCUCGGUUGCAGAGAUCAUGACCAAAAAUCCCCUAUGCGCACGAACGGACACUAGCGCUACAGACGCGCUCGACUUGAUGGUCCGAAAGGGAUUUAGACAUUUGCCUGUGAUGGACGAAAACCAGGAUAUCUCUGGUGUCUUGGAUAUCACCAAAUGCUUCUACGAGGCAAUGGAAAAAUUGGAGCGUGCUUACAGCUCGUCUCGGAAAUUAUACGAUGCAUUGGAGGGUGUUCAGACGGAACUUGGUUCCAGCCAGCCCCAACAGGUCAUCCACUAUGUUGAGGCUCUGCGUACCAAGAUGUCUGGUCCGACUCUUGACUCGGUCCUCGACGGGUUGCCGCCGGUCACUGUUUCCGUCCGGACUACAGUGAAGGAUGCCGCCGCAUUGAUGAAGGAGAACCACACUACCGCUUUGCUCGUGCAAGACCAGGGCUCCAUCACUGGUAUCUUCACCAGCAAGGAUAUCGUUCUUCGAGUCAUUGCUCCGGGUCUUGACCCUUCUACUUGCAGCGUGGUUCGCGUGAUGACCCCUCAUCCCGACUUUGCUCCGUCUGAUAUGAGCAUCCAAGCUGCUCUCCGCAAGAUGCAUGACGGUCACUACCUGAAUCUGCCAGUGAUGAAUGAGUCUGGCGAGAUUGUCGGCAUGGUCGACGUGUUGAAGCUUACCUACGCUACGCUUGAACAGAUCAACACAAUGUCGACUCAGGACGACGAAGGCCCAGCAUGGAACAAAUUCUGGCUCUCAAUGGACCACGACGGGUCCGACUCGAUGGUCUCUGGUAGCCAGCAACCCAAUCACCGUUCCAGUGUUAUGAGCCCCGAUAUGGCCCGUUCUGGUUACGACCACAGUCUUCUCCCCAACGAUUCCGCAUCACAUGCUGGUGAAGCAAUAUCAGAGGUCGCCUCGCACCAUCAAAUCCCCGAGGACGCGCCAUUCCCCUUCAAGUUCAAGGCUCCCAGCGGCCGGGUUCACCGUGUCAAUGUGUUGACAUCGGCAGGUAUUGCUGACCUUGUCAAGCAGGUUACCGCAAAGCUAGGUGCUGAGCUCGAGGCUGUUGGAGGUGAGGCUGUGGUCGAAGAGGGAAGACUCAGUAAUACUGGUUACGCUCUCAGUUACUUGGAUAAUGAAGGCGACACAGUCUCCAUUACGACCGACCACGAUAUGAUUGAUGCAAUCAAACUUUCUCGUCAAUUCCAUUCUGAUAAGGUCAAUCUCUUUGUCCACGACCCUGCCCAACCUCCCAUCCCUGCAGCUGCCCCCACCUCUGUUCCUGUUGAGACGAUCAAGGCGUUCACCCCUCCUCCGACUUCUGAGGCGACCAGUGUUGCGGGUGACCAUAUUUUAGAGGACUCUGUUUCUAUCAAGUCACGUCCCCAGAGUGCCCACGCUCCUGCUCCCGUGGAACAACUCAUUGCUGGUGUUCCUAAUGAAGCCCUUCUCCCUGGAGCGAUCGUAACUCUGGCUGCGGUCAUCGCUGGUGUCUUCAUUCUCAGCCGACCGACUGGCCGUUAA